AUGUACCAUCUCUCUUCCUGCCUGUCUCGCUCCCUUUGGAACUCAGUGUCUCGCCUCAUGGGCGCCACAAGUGCAGCCGUUGCCGGCGCCUACCAGCAGCAUUCCACAAGCCUCGGCUUCCCCAGCGUCACGGACGCCUCCAGCUCGUGUUACUCGAGUCCCGGACUGCCCAUCGGGCCGGGCCUCGUCGGCCUCGACACUUCGCCCUGCUCCACACCCGCCGAGACGCGCCAGUCACAUCCGACCAGACAGUUGGCAGCGCAGCAUCAGCAACCACAUCAACAUCAGCAUCAGCACCUGCACCAGCAACAGCAUCACCAACAAUCUCAACACGACCAGCCUCCUCCACCUCCUCCACAUCAUCCUCCACCUCCUCCCCCUCCCCCUCCUCCUCCUCCUGCUCCUGCUCCUCCUCUCCCUACUUCCCUCCCACCUCCGCCACCUCAUCCUCCCCACCAGCACCACCACCAACAACAACAACAACAGCAACAGUUGAUGAUGAAUGCAGCCUAUUCGGCGGCUCACAAUUGCGGCGUC